GAUUACUACACAUUUGACUUCUGAAGUGUUCAGAGUAAAACAUUUUAUAGGCAUUUGUUCAGAUAAAAUUACAAAUUUUAUUCGGACAAUUAUCAUGGAUUUUUCUGCAAUCGUAAUGUUAAUAGUGAUAAUAACAAUAUUGUUAUUAUAUUUUUAUAUAAAAAAUUACAGUUAUUGGAAAUUAAAUAAAAUAAAUGGACCAAAGCCAUUUCCUUUUAUCGGUACGAUAAUGCAAAUUUUUAUCGGUAAAUUAUCAAUAGGAAAUUACACUAAAAAAAUAUACGAUCAGUAUCCCGACGAGCGUAUGGUCGGUGUUUACGCGGGAACUAAAAAAGUUCUGAUCUUACGUGACUUAGAACUGAUUCGAGACGUCAUGAUAAAAGAUUUUUCUAGUUUCGUCGAUCGAGGGUUAGGAUAUCACGACAAACAUGAGCCAUUGUCAGCAAAUGUCGGUUUAGUUGAUGAAGAUAGAUGGCGUUCAUUGCGACGUCAAUUAACACCGGUAUUUUCGUCAAUGAAAUUGAAAAAAAUGUUCAACCUUUUGAUUGGCUGUACUGAUCCUCUCAUUAAAAAUCUCAUGUCAGUUGACGGCCAUGUUGUUGACAUGAGAGCUGUAAUGGAGAGAUACGCAAUCGAUGUGAUUGGGGUCUGCGCAUUCGGUCUUAAAAUCGACGCACUCCUCGAUGACGACAACCUUUUUUAUAAAAUGGGCCGCAGAUUUUUCAACCCAACUCUUAAAAAUUUCAUAAGAUUGAGACUUAAAUCAUACGCGCCAUUUUUGUACAAAUUUAUUGGCGGGUGGUUUACAGACUGGGAGCUUCAGAAAUUUUUUAUCACACUCACACGUGAUAAUAUUGAGUAUCGGAAGAAAUUUAAUGAAAAUCGUAAUGAUUUUAUUGAUUUAUUGAUGGCAUUGAAAGAAAAUUCUCAAGAUUUUUAUGAUACAGCAAUAACAGAUUCAGUUUUAGCAGCUCAAUUGUUUAUUUUUUUCGUUGCUGGUUAUGAAACUUCAGCAUCGACAAUAAGUAAUUGUCUUUUUGAAUUGGCGUUAAAUUCUGAAAUACAAGAUAAAUUAAGAGAUGAAAUUAAUUGUGAAUUAAUUUCUCGUGAUGGCAAUAUUACAUAUGAUGGAAUUGAAACCAUGGAAUAUCUUGAUAAAGUUGUUUGUGAAACUUUGAGAAAAUAUCCACCAGUAAAUUUUACACUGAGAAGAUCAACAAAAUCAUAUAAAUUUUACGGUACAAAUUUAACAAUUCCCAAAGGUACAAUAAUUUGGAUUCCUAUUGCUGGCAUCCACCGCAAUUCCGAAUACUACCCAAAUCCCGAUGUAUUUGAUCCUGAACGUUUUAAAACAGAGGAAAUAAACAAUCGUCCUCAAAUGUCUUAUUUGCCAUUCGGUGCCGGCCCGCGAAAUUGUCUCGAUUGAGAAAAAGAAGUGCGAAAUCAACACCACAGCAAGGGGCUAAGAAAAAACGAUCAUUCUAACACAAUUAUAUCCAAUUUAAAAUCAAAAUGUAGCUGAAAAACAAAAAUAUCACACUAAUAAGUUAUUUAUUGACUCUAUUGCAUUAAAAUAAAUUUUUGAGCCUUAAAAUUAAAAAUUACAAGUGAAUUCAUCAUUGUUUCAUUCAGUCAAUGCCAAAGAAAGAAAAAUUUUUUUUUCCUAAAAUUCAAAAAUUUAUCUUUUGAACAAAAAAAAACCCCUACUCAAAAAUUUCAGGAUCUUUUGAAAUCAAUUAGAGGUACUCUAGAAAAAAAUUUGAGCGAAAAAUUUGAUGGCGGUCAUCGACUUUUGCAAUUUUGGAAAUUUCAAAAUUUUCCCAAAAAGCGAAUUUUUGAAAAAUUUUUUCAAAAAACUUUUUUUUGGUACCUUUAAGUAUCCUCGUUAAAACCUAGCACAGAUCAUUAGAGUAAUUGUAAUAGUUUUCGAGAUCUUUGAAGAAUAAGUUUAAGAAACAGGAAAAUUAGUGAAAUUUUCAAAAUUGCAUAACUUUUGAAAAAAAUUUUUUUAUUUUUUUUCCCUUGGCAGAACUUUGUUAUAUGAUGAGAGAAAACUUCUGACCAAAAUUCGUCCAAAUUGAAAGGGGUCGAUUCCAACUAUUGGUCGAUUUGACAUAGAAUGACCCUGUGGUUUAAAAAAUCUAAAAUAGUUAAAUAAUUUUAUUAUUUCAA